AUGGGUGUGUUAAAUUUAUUUUCAAAGAAACCGAGUUUGGAGCCUGAGGUCAUAGAACUCGCUCCUCCAAGGGAGGAUAGUGCCUUAAGUAGCAUUGAAGAACAGCCCCGUGGAGAAAGUGUAGAAGAUAAUGUUACAGAGAGUGUACCUGAGGACCAAAAUGAAGGUGUGUUCGACACACAUAUCGCAGUGUUGUACGAUAAGUAUUUAAAUUUUAAAGAGAAAGUCUCUAAUAAAAUUAGAGAUAAGAUAAUGGAUUUCAUGCAGCAUGAUCUCCAGAACGCAGCAAAUAACGACGAUCUUGAUGAGGAGGGAGGUCUUACACCAAGAGAACCCGACCCUACAUAUGACGGACUAAUAUUCAUUCUUACCAUAAUACUCGGUUUCGUAAUGAGGCUGCCACUAAUGUGGAUAUUGGGGUCACUUCUAUUCCUAAUAUAUGGAAAUUUCAAAAGGAAAAUACUAAAGUGGGGAAUAAUUAAUAUCGUCUUGUCCAUUCUGAGCAUCGCUUACGCAGUAAAAAUGUGGGAUUUCGUCGACCCUCAAGUGUUUAAUGUUGUUCGAGCCAGGCGAUCAAUUUUACUUAGCAAAGUCAGACAUAUCAAAGGCGUUCCAGGAAUAUUAAACUACGAAGGUAAAGAAGCGUUGAUAAUUACAAUUCAUGGAGACCCAAAUUUUAACUGGACAAUAGUACACAACGAUUCAGAACAUAACAUGAAAAAUGGUUCCUUUUCUGAUGAUUUGCUAGUAAAUAGCAAAUUGAUUCCUGAUGGCACUGAUAUGAUCAGGUUAAGUCAUGAAAUUGAGUUGAAGGGGUUGUUGCAAAUGUCAGUUAAGUUCAGUACUAACAACCCAACACCCCAUGAUCACAUCAAAAAACCUAAUUCUCAUCAUUAUCCACUGCACCAUAAGCCUAGAAGUAAACCAUAUGAUCUCUCGUUUGAGUGUCAUCCGGUGGAGGAGGAUAACCCCAACGUUGAUGCCCAUGAUAGAUCGUCAGGCUAUGACGACGAAGAUAGUCCAGAUGAACAUGAAUAUUCACUUGUUAAGCGAGUUGGGAAAAAAUAUCUAAACCGGAAAAGAAAGAGGAAUAUUCAUAUAAACUAUGACGACGACGAUUAUUCCGGCGUUAAUAUCGCAUACGUAAAUAACCAAGCUGGGCCCCAAGGAAUAGCUAACAAGGAUGAAACAAAUCAAACUCCUGUUGAACAUAAGGAACACAAACCCAAAGAUCAUAAGAGAUAUAUAGGGGUAGACGCAGUCGAUAAUGACGCCCUUGUUACUAGAAUGUUCUACGUACCCAAGCUUUCCAAAUGUUCCCUGAUAAAUGUUCCAAAAAAAGGAACCGACGUUGUUUCUGUUUUCAUUAAAAGACUACAGUAAUCUGUUGAAACUGUG